GUUUAGUUGAGAUGAACGAUGUAACACAUACAUCUCACUCUAAUCAUCAGUUUGCAGUAUUUCCGGUUCAGAAUGUUUCAGUGUCGGUAAACCUACAUAAUUCCACACUAUGGCAGUUCUUGUGCUAGAUAAUGGCGCUGGAUGCGCUAAAGUUGGGUAUUCGACGGAUAAAGAGCCAAGAAUCCUUCCAAACUGUGUGACAAAAGCCAAGAAUGUGCGCACCAGGAUCUUUAUUGGUGACCAGGUGGAUGAGUGUAAGGACUUAUCAGGAUUGUACUACUUACUGCCCUUCCAGAAGGGAUUUCUGGUGAACUGGGACUUGGAGAAACAAGUGUGGGAUUAUGUAUUCAGCAAGGAUGUGUGUCAGGUUAAUUUUAACGAAACAACUCUCAUUGUGACGGAACCCUGUUUUAAUUUUGUCUCAAUCCAAGAGGCAAUGAACGAAAUAAUCUUUGAAGAGUAUCAAUUCAAAGCAGCGUUGCGCACGAAUGCACCAUGCCUAAGUGAGUAUAAGUGUAGAAAGGCAAAGCCUGACGGCCCCAAAGGUUGUUUAGUAGUAGACUCUGGUUACUCCUUUAGUCACAUCGUUCCCUUCAAGAAAGGAACCAAGGUUAUGGAAGCAGUGAAAAGAAUAAGUGUUGGGGGGAAGUUGUUAUCAAAUCACCUGAAGGAGGUCAUAUCAUACAGACAGCUGAUGGUGAUGGAUGAAACUUAUGUGAUUAACCAGAUGAAAGAAGACGUCUGCUACGUCUCAACACAAUUUGACAAAGACAUGGAGAUCGCGAAAAAGAAGGGCAAGCAGAACACGGUGGUGAGGGACUAUGUUUUACCGGACUACACCCACAUUAAGCGAGGGUUUGUCCGUCCCGAAGAAGAGACCAGUGGCAAGCCACAGGGCAAUGAACAGAUCAUACGGAUGAACAAUGAGAGGUUUGCCAUCCCGGAGCUGUUAUUUCACCCGUCUGACGUGGGCAUCCAGGAGAUGGGGAUAUCAGAAACAAUUAUUCAUUCCAUCAGUCUCUUACCAGAAGAGGUCCAGCCCCACCUGUAUAACAACAUCUUACUGACAGGAGGCAACUGUAUGUUACCUGGCUUCAGGGACAGAGUGUUCUUGGAUGUCAGAAGUAUGGCUCCCGCAGAAUUUGAUGUCUCUGUUUCACUUCCAACAAACCCAGUCCAACAUGCAUGGGAAGGAGGAACUCUUAUGGCAGGAGAUGAGAAGUUCGAAGAUUGCGUAGUCACAAAGCAGGAGUAUGAAGAACAUGGACAAAACAUAUGCUUUGAAAGAUUUGAUAUUUGAGAACAUUAAACAUCAUCACCGUCAUUGUUUUAUACAUAAUAUCUCACAGCAUUUACAUCACCAUGGUGAUCCAUUCUGAUGUCCUCCAAUAACUUUAUACACAGCUGACUUCAUUGUUUUGUUGUUUCUUUCUGGGUAUAAGUUAAACAUAACUCUGUGGAGUUAAGUGUGUAUGAUUUGAUAAAAUUUACUGAUAGGUCUCUAAAAUGUAUGAAAUAAAUUGUAAAUAAAUGUGCGUUAUUAUACUUA